UUAUUACGCAACCAAAUCACCGCCCUCCUGAAGCCUCCUUCGUUUCAACACCACCAGCCUCUUCCAUCACCGAGGCCAAUGUUGACCCCCAACCUUCUUGCUACCGUUCACAGCUCCAGACACCGACGCCCACGCGGACCCCAACACGGGACGCUCCGGGUCCGCACACCCGAACCACAGAAGCCCUAGAUGACUAACCAGCUCCUGCCCUCACUGAACACACUUCGGAGGUCCCCUCGUUCUGUGGCUCUCCCAACUCCUCUCCCCAGGGUCAGGGACGCGAUAUGGACCACUCGCACCCUCAGUAUCACUGCCCAAAGCACCCGAAACUCCCAGAAAGCCGCCUUAAACAACUCCCCACGAGUACCCUUCACAAGCCACAUGCCAAGUCACGGAAUCCCCACAGAGCCCGAUUCCUAGUCUUUUCGAAGAAAUCCAAAAUAACCUAAAACGUAGAGUCCCAAAACCUUAUGACCCAGAAGGCCAAAAACCAAUACGUCAUUUCCGCUUCCGCUCACGGUGUCGCUGUCCCGCCUCUGCUGCUAUUACGCAGACUCAGUAGUACUUUCGAAGUGCGGAUUCUAAAUCUCCAAGAAUUAUCGCUAAGCAAUAUGGCCGCUCCGCUUUCUCAGAUUGGGGAAGCACAAUAGUUGAGUUGGCCUGAAUAUAGAGCAAAAUUGGUAGUUUUCCAUUGCUUCUCAUUGUCCUGUGCCUUGCGCAAAAGGUGUGAGUACACCUUCGCACAAUGUACGGCAAUUGGUUGGAAAAUGGCCGCUCCCGGCCGGUAUCCGCGAACGGGGCGCGCGCAUAUUGCGUCAUGAAGGGACGUUUCAAACCAGAUUACGAGUUUCUGGAAAGGCGCCAGGUGGCUCUAGUAGACUGCCAUCCGCAAGCUUUGUGAGUCCAGUCAGCCGCGGAGGUGGGACCAUGGGGUGGAGGGGCAGAGAGGGAAAACGUUUAGACAAGAUGUCAUUUCUGGCACUUUUCUCUCCAAGUUGGCUAUAUAUUCGUAUUGAAAAUUUAUCCUCAGCUUCACUCUGACCCAAGUAAUGACAUCCCCAUCAUCCUAAAUAUUUCUCCAGAAAAUAACUCUUGUUAAAGUUGAGCAUUUUCAUCAUCUGCAAAUAAUUUUGGCCUGGUGGCAAGUUCAUGGACUAUGGAGUAAGAAUAACCAGCUUCUGCCCCUGACUUGGGUUCUGGCCUACAGGAUCAAGACAUUUUAAGUGAUAGGAGAAGGAGGAGAUUCCAGGCUUGGGAAAUUAUUGUUUCUGGUAACAGACGGACCUGAGAUACCUGACCACAACUUCCAGAAAAGAUAGAAGACAAUACACCCUAGAGUUACUAGUCCUUUCUUAAGAACGGAAGAAAAUGACCAAGGCCCAGGGAUCAUUGUCAUUUGAGGAUGUGGCUGUGGGCUUCACAUGGGAGGAGUGGCAGUUACUAGCCCCUCCUCAGAAGGACCUGUACAAGGAGGUGAUGUUGGAGAACUACAAUAACCUGGUGUCAGUAGGGCAUCCAGCUCCCAAACCAGAUUCAGUCUUUAAGUUGGAGCAAGGAGAAACACCAUGGAUAGUGGAGGGAGCAGUCCACAGUCAGAGCAGUCCAGAAGAAAUAUGGGCAAUUGACCAAAUGCAGUGGCAACCAGAAAACCAAAAUGAGCUUAAAAGUUUGGGAAAAUGUGAGCAAAGUUAUGCACUUGGAAAUAAUUAUGACUUAAGCAAAAAUGUAGUUCCUAUAAAACAACAGCAGAAUACAUUGGACUCACGUUGUAAAAGUUUGAUACCUCCCUUAGAUUUUGUUAUCCGGAGUAGAAGAGAUGCAGAGAAGGAUUCUGACGAGUUUAGUAGAUACAAGAAGUCAUCUGUCCACAUGAAGUAUGGUAGCACUUUUCCUGGAAUUAAGCACCGUGGAUGUAUUAAACCCAGUAGCACCAAGCCACAGCCCAAUAACCAUCCAAAAACUUAUACAGGAGAGAAACCACAUGAAUGCAGUGAAUGUGGGAAAGUAUUCUCCAGGAACGCACAACUUAUUAGACAUCAGAGAACUGAAAGAGGAGAGAAACCCCACAAAUGCAAUGACUGUGGGAAAACAUUCAUGAGGAAGAUUCAACUCACUGAACAUCAGAGAGUGCAUACAGGAGAGAAACCCCAUGAAUGUAAUGAAUGUAGGAAAGCCUUCUCCAGAAAGUCACAGCUCAUGGUACAUCAGAGAACUCAUACAGGAGAGAAACCCUAUGUAUGCAGUGAAUGUGGAAAAGCCUUCAUCAGGAAGUGCCGGCUCAACAGACAUCAGCAAUCUCAUACUGGAGAGAAACUCUAUGGAUGCAAUGAGUGUGGGAAAGCCUUUUCCCAGAAGGCAUACCUCAUUGCACAUCAGAGACUCCACACAGGAGAGAAGCCUUAUGAAUGCAGUGAAUGUAAAAGAACCUUCUUUUUUAAAUCAGACCUGACCAAGCAUCAAAGAAUUCAUACAGGAGAGAAACCUUAUGAGUGUACUGAUUGUGAAAAAGCCUUCAGAAGCAAAUCAAAGCUCAUUCAGCAUCAGCGAACUCAUACCAGAGAGAGACCAUAUGGAUGCAGUGAAUGUGGCAAAGCUUUUGCCCACAUGUCAGUCCUUAUUAAACAUAAGAAAACUCAUAGCAGAGAGAAAGCAAUAAAUUCACUGAAGGUGAGAAAACCUUCCUUAGGGAGUCAUAGCUCUUUAUACAUGAGUGAAUUCAUACAAGAGCAAAACCCUGUGAAUACAGUGCCUGUGGAAAUGCCUUCUGUAGGAACUCAGCCCUUAUUAAACAUCAGUGAGCUCCUAGGGGGUAGAAAUGCAGUGAUUGUAGAACAGACUUUUUCAAGAAGUUCAGCCUUGGUAAAUAAUCAGGAAUUUCCUCAGGAAAUAAACCUUGUAAAUGCAGUGAAUGUGACAACACCUUCAGUAAUAAAUUAUGUCUUUUAUGUUACAGAUACUGUAUAGGGGAAAAAAAACUUUGGAUACCAGAAAUGUGGGAAAGCAUUUAACAAGGAUUCCAUACACACUAUAUAUUAGAGAGUUCAUUUAGGACAGGAACACUGUAUACAGUUGGUGUUGAAGAGCCCUCUGUGGUAAGUUAGACUUAUUUAACAUCAGUGAGAUCAUACUGGGUAGAAAUGUAGCUUAGUUGGGGAAGCCUCUGUCUGGAGGUAAGAUCACAAUUGCUGUCAAAUAUUCUUACAGGUCUAAAACCGUAGGGAAGAAUAUGAUGGUGUUUUCACUAAUAAGUUUUACCGCAUUACAUGUCAGAGAAACAGAAAACUCUUCAGACACUGAUGUGGAAAACAUUUUUAAUAAAAUGUGGAAGAACUCACAGAAAAGAGAAACUCCUGAAAGUAAUAAAUGAUGGAAAUUCUUUCACCAGUCUAACUCACAUAUCACAUUCUUAUACCUUGGGAAUCCAGGAAAGGCAUCUCCAAUAAGUUAAGUCUUUGUAAACAUCAGGAGUUGCAUUGUGUAAUGAAAAACUAUGAAUAUAGUUGAAUGUAGAAUACAACUGUAUUAGUUUUUAUUGCUGCUGUAACAAAUUACCACAAAUUGGGUGGCUUAAAACAACACACAUUUAUUAUCUUACAGUUACGGAGGUCAGAAGUCCAAAUGGUUCUCACUGGGCUAAAAUUAAGGUGUUGGCAGGGUUGCAUUCCUUUUUAGAUUCUCAGGGAGAACAAAAGGAGCCCGUGUGGUUCAGUGGUUAAGCACUCAGCUACUAACCGAAAGGUCAACAGUUCAAACCCAUCAGCUGCUCUACAGGAGAAAGAUGUAGCAGACUGCUUCUGUAAAGAUUACAGCAUAGGAAACCCGGUGGGGAAGUUCUGCUGUGUCCUAUAGAGUAGCUAUGAAUUGGAAUCGAUUCAGCGGCAAUUGGGUUUGGGUUUUGUUUCUUUUUGUUGUUAGUUUGUUUAGGAGAGAAUGUCUUUCCUCGCCUUUUCCAUCUUCUAGAAUCUGCCCAUGUUCCUGGGCCAAUAGUUCCCUUUUAUCUUCAAAGGCAGCAGUAGCUGGUCAAGUCUUUCAUCACCCUGACACUGAGUCCUCUGCCUCCUUCCACAUUUAAGGACUCAUGUCAUUACAUUGGGCCCACUGGGAUAAUCUUGGAUAAUUUUCCUGUUUUAAGAUCAGCUGAUUAGCAAUCCUACUUUCAUCUGCAACAUUAAGUCUCCUUUGCCAUGUAAUGGAACAUAUUCUGGGAAUUAGGACAUGGACAUCUUUGGAGGCCCCUGUCCAUCCUCUCUGCACCAGUGAUUCAUGUCCAACCCACAUUCAAAAUAUAUUUACCCUAUUUCAGUAUACCCAAAAGUCUCCAUCUGUUACAGCAUCAAAAUCCAAAAUUUCAUCUAAAUCUUAUUCCAAAAGUAUCAAAUAUCAUCAUCUAAAUAGGCUAUAGUUGAGAUCCUGGUUACGGAUUUAUCUUGAGGCACAACUCUCCUUAUGUAAGCCUGUGAAACCAAAGAAACAAGUUACAUGGCCCCAAAAUACUUAAUUCCACCUGCUAUCUUAAUUCUCAGAGCCCUGGUGGCACAGCGGUUAAGAGCCCAGCUGCAAACCAAAAGGUCGGCAGUUCGAAUCCACCAGCUGCUCCUCGGAAACCCUAUGGGGCAGUUCUACUCUGUCCUAUAGGAUUGCUAUGAGUCGGAAUGGACUCGACAGCAACAGUUUGUUUUUGUUUUGUUUUUUAAAUCUUAAUUCUCUUUUGUCAUGUAAUGUAAGAUAUUAAGUUCUAAGGAAGAAGACAGACGUUUUUGGGAGGCUGUUACUCUGCCUAUCACAACUUUGUUGGAUUACAGAGAAUUCACAUUACAAUAAAUUCCUACCUAAGCAUUAAAUAAACGUGGAAAAGCAUGUUCCCAGAGAAUUAAUGACCUAAAGUAAUUAUGAUCCACAUAUAUUAACACUUUGCUAUAAUCAGUCUUACACCAUCAUUGUUAGAUAUGCGUACCAUGGAAUGCUGCUGAAAUGUGUAAAUCAAAUUAUCAGCACUGGAAAAGAAUUAUUUUGAAACUUCCAAAGGAAGUUGAAACUUCCAUAAGAUUUAUGCUGCUGAAAUGCUGCAAAAUGCAAAUUUGUAUUUAUUCUGGAACUGCAGAAUUCCUAAUUUCCUAAUAAAAUCCUAGUUCUGAGUAUGGAAUGCAUACGCCAUAAGACACCUAAAUACCGAUUAACAUUUUUCACAGCCAUUUCCAACAGCCUCUUAAACGGUGUUUAAUGGGUAUGCUCUCUCACCCUAAACAACUAACAAAGUAUAUGAGUUAACUUUUUUCAGAUAUUGGGUCAUAGGGAUUUCAGGACAGCAACUCCUGAGAAAGAGGAGACAAAUGAAGUGAGUUUUAUGAUUUCCCCAGAAUUACUGCCUGGAGUGAGUUUCCAGGCUUUGGCAUAGAAAGGAGGAACCCAAACAGAUCCUAGUGGUCUCCCUGAGUUUGAAACAGUUCUAGGAGGCCACCAAAACCAGUUGCUGUUGAGUUGAUGCUGACUCAUGGUGACCCCACAUGUGUCAGAAUACAGCUGUGUUCCCUAGGAAUUUUUUUAAAAUAAACUUAUUUGCCACAAUAUUUAGACAUGUAAGAAAAUAAGAGUCCUCAAAUAUACACGAAAACUAUUGCAAAGUGAAGGGAUUUGACAAAAACUGUUUAUAAUGCACUUCCUAACAAAAUAUGACCUGUGACCCUUUCUAUCCAACACCACUCAUCUGUAAAAUCUGCCUUUUUUUUAUGAUUGUGGUGAAAAUAUACACAACAAAACAUAUACCAAUUCAACAAGUUCUGUAUAUACAAGUCAGUGACAUUGAUCACAUUCUUCAAGUUGUGCAGAAAUUCUUGCUACCCUUUUCCAAAUUAUUUCACCACCAUUAACAUACACUCAAUACUAGGUCUUUUGAUGGCUGACUUUUCAGAAGUAGAUUGUCAGGCCUUUUCUCAGAGGUGCCUGUGGGUGGACUAAAACUUCCAGUCUUUCAGUUAGCAGCCAAGCAAAUUAAACUUUUGCACAACUCAGAGACUCCUCCAGGAGGCCCAGUGGCUCAAAUUCAUGGGGCAGAGUACUAGAGGAGAGAGAGGUCAGAGAUCUAUAGCAAGUUUCCCCUGAAGUCUGUAUAAGUUGUAAUCAACACAUGUGAUGAAACUACCCAGGCUGGGGAAAGAACUGAAAAUAAGCAGGCAGAAUAAUCAUCAGAGCUUUCACUGAGUUGGGAAUAGUUUGUGUUCACACUGACUGGAAUGGAAACUUUUCCUGACAUUUGGGGAAUAAAAGUGAAUCUUCAGAAGAGUAUUGCCUCAGUGGGUGGGUCAAAUUAGGUCGACUAAAGGCUGCUUUAGACUCACCUAACAAAGCAUGGAUGCAAGCCUCUAAGGGUUCAGAUUGUUUCCAAGAAAUUUAACUGCUUCCCAGAACAAAGCCCAAUAAUAUUUAAAGGAAUAAAAAUCAAUGCAACACCCAGUAAUGUAAAAAAUUCACUAUGUCUGGCAUCCACUCAGAUUUACCCAGGAAUGCAAAGAGGCAGGAAAAUAUGACCCAUAACAGAGAGAAAAGUCAAUAGAAAGAGACCCAGAAAUGACACCUGAUAAAAUUAGUAGACAAGGCUGUCCAAACAGCUAUUAUAAAUAUUGCAUGUGACAAGAAGAUGGAGGAAAGCAUGAGUCUGAUUAAGGAGGAACUAGAAAAUACAAAAAGGCCCCAAACCUGUUGGCUGUCAAGUCAAUUCUGACUCACAGAGACUCUACAGGACACAGUAUAUCUGCUCUGUUGUGUUUCCAAGGAGCAGCUGGUGGAUUCAAACUGCCAACCUUUUGGUUAGCAUCCAAACAGUUAACCACUGUGCCACCAGGGCUCCUAAAAAAAGACUCCAGUCAGCUAGAAGUGAAAAAUACACUGGAUGGGUAUAACAGAUUACAGAUUGUAGAAGAAAUCAUCAGUGAACCUGAUAACAUAAUAAUAGAAAAAAGUAUCCAAAAUGAAACUGAGGGGAAAAAAAAAAUCAUUGAGUUGUGGGAUAACAACAAACAACCUAACGUACACGUAAUUAGAGUCCCAGAAGGAGAGGAUAGAGAUGGCAGGACAGAAAACGAUGUUUUUAAAAACGGUGGUUGAUCUUCCAAAUUUGAUGAAAACUAUAAACCCACAAAUCCAAGAAACCAAGACAAACCACAAACAAAAGAAACAUGAGGAAAACCAUACUAACAUUUAGUAAUCUAACUGUUGAAAGUGAUUAAAAAUCUAAGAAGCAGAGCUGACACAUGGGCAAAACAAAGCUAAUAAUGACAGCAGAAUUCUUGUCUGAAACAAAAUAAGCCAGAAGGUGGUGCAGUAACAUCAUUAAUUUAGAAGCAAAAAGCUUCCAAAUUAAAAUGCUUGGAACACCUGCUUACUUUGUGAUCUGGGUGAACGUACUCAGUUGAUUAAAAUAUUUUUUAUGUAGCUUUUUCUCAAUCCAUGGAACAUCCAACUAUUUUCACUAUUAUUUUGACAAUGUAUUUGAUACAGUAGCCUCAGUAAAUCAAUACAAUGAGGAAUAUUUUUUAUGAAUUAAUGCGAGCUUUUUUUUUAUUUAAUAGAGUGAACUCAUAUAGGGUUGCUAUGAGCCGGAAUUGACUCGACAGCAGUGGGUUUGUUUGUUUUCUAACAGAGUGAAAGAAUUAGACAAAAAAUGACGAUUUUGUAAGCCCAAUGAAAUAAAUGAUUAAGGCAAUAACCAGCAAUGGAUGUUAAAAUCAUUAGAACUGUUGGGAAUAGCUUAUUUUCAAAAUACCAAAGUAGAUUAUUUGCUAUUUGCAAAGGGAAACCUACCAUUAUAAUGGAGAGAUGUGGAGGUCACUGUAACGGAGUGAUCAAAUUUCCCAUCACAAGCAAUGGGACAACGUGGUAUUAGACUCCUCUUGAUGUGAUGGGAUACAAAGUGUUGAUGAUGUAACACAUUACUUAUAAAGCAUUCUUGCCAAAAA